UAUAGACAACUUCCUACUUGUGGGAAUUCUGGAAGAGUUGGAGGAUGUGUUGCUCCUUCUGGAGAGACUCCUACCUCACUACUUCAGUGAUGUCCUAACCAUCUACAAGAGUCCAGAAUUUUGGAAGAUGGGGAACCUUACAGGCACAGUGAAGAAGCACAUGCCCACUCUAGAGGCCCUACAGGUGCUUUACCAAAGGAUGAAGUAUGAGUAUGACUUUUACAACUUCAUUCGUGACCAGUUCCAUCUCACCAAGAAGAAGAUCGGCCUCAAGUCCACCUCCCAGAACUCUGCUCAUGAGCCUGAAUUUCUCCGUGAGCUUGCCCUCAGGACCCAUGAGCCUUUUGAGGAGGAGGAGGAAGAAGAGGAAGAAGAAGAGGACGUGGGGCAAGAAGAUGCCAACAUCUGGUUGGUUCAGCCCUGAGGAGUAGGCAUGGCAGAUAUCUCAUAAGCUUGACGUCUAUGUCCAGUCAGGAGGUAGAGUCAAAAGUCCCAGGUUAAAAUUGGGUGUGUAACCCCUGUUUUUAACGGGAUGGCCCUUCAAGACACUCUCAAGAGGAGAAGGGGGUCACAGAAGCAUCUGAAUAAUUAUUUAAGGAACCAACAUUUGUGGCAAAAGGAUUUUGUUCACGUUUAUGAAAUUGAGUUGGUUAUGGUCAUUUCUUGGUGAGAUGAUUGAAGAUUGGAUUUACAGGGAUAUUGCAGGAUUAUCAGAAUUGAGGGAUUAACUAAUUGUGGUAUAGCAGAAUAAGAUACUGUAGAAGUCUGAUUUUAGGCACUACUUCUGUAAACUUGGUACCUGGGUGAUCUCAGACUCACACAUCAACACAGACUUUCACACAUGAACACAUUCAGACUAUGCUAUGGAGGCGAGUAAGGAACACAACAAAGUGCCAAACCUUCAAAGUGCCAAGGAUUACUGCAUUAAGCCUAGGAGCCGUUGCUGUAAUCACCAUA